GCCCGCUAGCUGUUCUUUCGCUGCUGUCGCACUCGCCUUGACACUUCCGCGCAUACCAGCAUAGCAUAGCAUCUUGCAUUGAUCUCACGCAAAACAUCUCUUACACCAAACCCAACUCUUUCAUUCACAAUGGCCGUCGACGCUGCUACCCCCUCUUCGCCCGUUCCGAUCCCCGAAUUGACCAAGAUCGCCACCGAGGCCUGCGACACCGCCCUCAAAGAUGUGACCGAAUACGAACACACCAAAGUCGGCGACUGGAACUCUCAAAUCAUUAACACCAUCCUGAAAGCUCUCAUCACUGCCACCGCCCCCUCUACUCCCUCGACCGCCCCUCCCUACCGCUUCACCGUGAACAGCACCAUCGUGCAACAAGGCCUCAUCGACAAGUCCGCCGCCGCUGACGGCGCGACCAGCAACACCGGCAAGCGCGGGAUGCACUCUGCGUCCGGAGCUUUCUGGGAUGUGAAUCGCGAUGGUAUGUGGACGUUCAAGUAUCCUGGCGCUGAGGAACGGGGUCUGGACGUUGUUGUUAGCGUGACGUGGUUUGCGCUGGGUUAGGAGGGUUAUCGAUUUUCAAUGUUUCUUGCUGGAGAUGGAUGGGUUGGGGAAUUUCUUUCCAUAUAGAGUAAUGAAUUGAAGGGGAGUUUUUUGAAGUCUUUUGGUUAUUUUGUUCCUUUUUUUUUUCUAUGUGGCUGGUUUGUUGUAUGAAAUGAAGGGAGAUAUUUGAUGCGAUUUGGUGGGUGGCUUUCUGUUUCUAGGUUUCCUGCUCAUUGGAUUGUGUGUAGUAAGUAGCCAGCUGGUGUCAAGUUAUUCCUACGGGAUGGGUG